ACAAUCCUUUCCGCCGCCGCCCUCGCGGACCUCUGCGACCGGCUCAGGGGCUCGACACGGAUCGGUUUCGACACCGAGUUUGUCUCCGAGGACACCUUCCGGCCCGAAUUGUGCCUCGUGCAAGUGGUGGCCGAAGGCGGCCCCGCGGGCCCGAUCCUGGCGGUCAUUGACCCCCAGCCGAUCGGCGACCUGACGGAGUUCUGGAAGCUCUUGGCGGACGGCCCGCACGUCACGAUCGCCCAUGCGGCGCGCGAAGAGAUCAACUUCUGCGUUCACGCGAUCGACCGUCCGCCGGCCAACCUGUUCGACACGCAGCUCGCCGCCGCGUUCUGCAGCCCCGAGUACCCGGCCGCUUACAGCUCGGUUGUUCAGCGAAUCCUCAACAAGCGUCCCAACAAGGGCGAGCAACGCACCGACUGGCGCCGCCGACCGCUGACCGACGCCCAAAUCGAUUACGCCCUGGAGGACGUGCGGUACCUGUUUGCCUUGCACGACAAGAUCCUCGGCAAGAUCGACAAGCUCGGCCGCCGUUCUUGGCUCGACGCCGAGACGGAGGGCUUCGUCACCGAAGUCAUGGACGCCCGCAACCGCCAGCGAUGGCGCAAGGUGUCGGGCUCGGGCGGCCUGCCGGUCCGCUGCUUGGCGAUCGUCCGCGAGCUGUGGCUCUGGCGUCAGGCCGAGGCCGAACGCCGCGACCUGCCGCCCAAGCGCAUCCUCCGCGAUGACCUGAUCGUCGAGCUGGCGAAGAAGAAGACCGACCGCGAAGACAAGAUCCGCGCCGUCCGCGGCAUGCUCCACGGGCAACUCAAGCGGGCGAUCCCCGACAUCGCCGCCGCCAUCCACCGCGGCCUCGAGGCCCCGACCGACGGCCUCCUGGGUUCACGCCGCAAGCCGCCACCGCCGCAGCUCAACCUGCUGGGGCAGUUCCUCGCACCGGCGAUCAACAGCCUCUGCAACCGGUCGGAGAUCGCGACGGCCCUGGCCUGCACGGCGACCGACAUCCGCGAGCUGAUCAGCUUCCGCCUCGGCUUCGGCACCGAAGACGAUGAGCCGCCGGCGCUCGCCGAAGGCUGGCGUGCCGAGCUGAUCGGCAACCUGAUUGACGAUUUGCUGUCGGGCAAGAAGUCGAUCCGCAUCGGCGACCCGCGUAGCGAACAGCCGCUAGAGUUCGACGCGAUCGAACCUGCGAGUUAA